GCAGAAAUGGACGAAGUCCUGGACGAGUCGAUCGUCAAGGCAAAAUAUGUACCGCGCGAAGUACCGGGCUAUUUGAAGGAUUUCCCAGCUGGCGUUGGUUAUUUCCAAAUAUUCGCCGCUUUCUGCACGGGUCUGAGCCUGGCAGCCGACACUGUCGAAAUCUUCGUUGUACCCUACAUACUGCCGAGCGCAGAGGUUGAGCUUUGCAUCGAGGACAACGAGAAGGGAUGGCUCGGAAACAUUACUCUCGUCGGCCUGGCACUGGGUGGAUUAUUUUGGGGCGGCCUGGGCGACAGGCUGGGAAGGCGCAGGUCCCUCCUCUCGGCCAUGUCCGUGCACACUUUGUUCAGCGGUGUCGCAACGUUUAUGCCCACCUACGGCACUUUUAUGACAGCUAGAUUUUGCUCGGCUCUUGGAGUCGGCGGAGCUGUACCACUGGCAUUCGUAUAUCUCGCGGAAUGCUGUCCACGGUUGAGCAGAGGCCGCUGGACGGGAAUACUCGUGGGGGCGUGUGCCCUCGGUGGUGUUUACGCCGCCCUCUUGGCUUGGGCAGUGGUACCCACGACGGGUGAGAUGGUGGUCCUGGAGAAUAAGGAACACUUCAGUGCCUGGCAUCGUUUCUUGUUACUAUGUUGUCUGCCAGCACUGUGCUCCACGAUCGGUCUCAUCUUUCUACCGGAAAGUCCGAGGUAUCUCAUAGAGGCCGGUCGAGAUGUGGAGGCAAUGAUGGUUUAUCAGAGGAUAUAUAAGAAAAAUAAUGCCCGGAAAGGUGCGACAGGUGCUCAGUAUCAACUCUCCGAACUCGAACUACCGACUAAAAGACCUCGUGGCUUGGCGCCGCCGUCUCCUAGCAGUCACACUAGCGUUUUGGCCGACAUAAUAUAUUCGAUCGAAAUGUUCUGGAACUCUUUCUUGGAGUUAUUUGCAACGCCUCACCUACGCGUGACUUUGGUACUGUUAAUUAUCUGGACCGCUGCUUCAUUCAGUCUUUAUGGUCUUAUGGUAUGGUGUCCCGAAUAUCUGAAGCUUUUGCGAGCGAGGGAAUACGCGGCUCAUACCGAACACUAUCAGAACGAGGAGUUUAAUGGUACAACGUUCACUGGUUCUUGGGAAAAUCGUCAGUACAAAGACUCUACAUUUUUGAACUGCAGAUUUACUAAAAUGGUUUUCAAUCAUGUCGAUUUCGACAAUUGUACCUUCCAAUCGGUGAAGUUCAGUAGCAUUAGGUCUAGUAAAACCCACUUUAGAGACAGUGUUAUUGUAUAUUCAAAAUUUGUUGACACAGAUUUAUCAGCCCAAGUUUUCACCAGAUGUAAAUUGAUGAAUAACACGGAGCUGAGUUUACUCGGGUCCUGUCCGACUCUCGAUCUCGAUUAUAACAUUUAUAUCGAAGAGGCGUUGCAUGCUCACCUCGUUGCUCAAUUGGCUUUCGUGCCCGCCGCCACGAUGGCUGGCUUGGCACUUACCGUUCUUCAGCGGCCAAAACUAAUUGGUCUCUCGCUUUUCCUCUCUUCCGUUACCGCGUUAUGUCUGAUAUUAAUUCGCCAAAACAGUUCGGCAGUUCUUGGUUUCGAAGGUGGUUUCACAGCCCUUUUUGCCGUUGGGUGGACAUCAUUGACUUUGGUGACAGUUGAGAGCUUCCCCACACACUUAAGGUGUACCGGUUUUGGGCUCGUAGCGGCAGCUAUUAGAAUAUCAGGUCUGAUAGGAACCACGACAUAUCAGACAUUGGUGGGUACGCCACUAAUCGCGCCCGCACUACUGACUGCGCUGGCACUAUUGAUCGCUAGCGUAAUAACUUUCAAAUUGCCUCAUACUCAUACUGUCUUCUUGUAAACUUUCCAUCAGUAGAAAAGAGUAUCAGCAACACUGACGUAUUAUCUAAAGCUAAAAAUUCGUAUUUGCGUACGAAACUUAUGUGGCACUUUAAUCAUCUGACGAAUGUGAAUUCUCAGAAAGAAUAAUCUCAAAUGCGUCAGAGGCGCAGAGGAGAAGAAGACGGGCGAUUCUUUAUUCUUCAUCCUUAGAAUUUAUUCGAAAAAAAAAAAACGAUGUUCAAAACAUGUCAAUAAUUUAUUGAUCAAAAGGAAAAAAUUUUUUAGAAGAUGAGACUUUGUACAAAGUGACAUAUCCUAAGUAAUAAUGAAAGCACUGUUGUCUCUGGCGGCACAUGCAAAUAUUUGAAGCGCACAGAACGUUCACAGCGACUUUAGCUUGCUAACGAUAGAGAGUAACUUAAAGUUGGAUCAAAGUACUCUUGUAUCCUAUUGGAACGUGAUCGGAUGACGCUAUACGCGAAUAAUUUUGCGAUAGGAUUAAAAUUCAAAGAAAAAUAAUUUCAAGAUCAUGUCUGACACGGACGUUUCCGUGCGCAAGAUAGUCACUCUGAAAUUAACAUAAUUACUUCGCUAUUUUACCUUUGGCGAUCUAACCCGAUAUUUAAACCGUUACGCAAGUAUAUUGAGCAAAGGACACACAUAUGUGCAACUAUUUUAAUAAGGCUUAUGCCAUGAAACGUGUCAAUUUUAAUAGAGGAUGCACAGUCAUCCGUAAUGAUAUAUCGUAUACAUUAAGAAACAUUAAUUAGAGGAGGUGUGUAUCGGCAACGGAGUUUGAUAUCUCUAAUUAUUAUUCCAGACAACGCUUAUAGAACUUACAUAGCUGUUCUUACUUUCGAUCUAUAGAUUAAAUAAUAUCGAUGCAUGACGUGGAACUUGGAAUAUAUUCCAAAAUAUAGUUUGCGGAAGCUACCUAUUCACUCGGAUUUAAUCACGCAGGACACUACACGAAUAUUCGCAUACUGAUGCCGAUUAUGAUACAGCAAAUCAUAUCAUAUGUUUUUGCGCGAGAAGAGAAAUGGUAACGUCACUUCGUGCGCAGGAAACAUUCCUAUGAAGGGAAAGUAAUCGGGCAAUUGUAUGCUCAGUACUUCCGCUUGUUACCGAUUUAUUAGCAUGCACUAGAUCUACUAACUAGACGCUAAUUCGGUAAAUGAGAGAGACAAGGGAAGAGAGACAUGAUUCACGUAAUGUAAACGCUGCCGAAUGAAAUUUCAAUUCCUGUAGAUGAAGACUCUCGAACGAGGAACAAAAAAAAAGAUAGAAAAGCUUCGUAGCUGUAAAAGAGAUUAUCAUCUUCAACAUUAAUCGUCUUCAAGCUUACGAUACGAUCAAUUAUAUAUAUAUCUGAACGUGUGCGUCUGACUUUCUAGUGACAUGUAUAUCAAAAUGUAGAACGUUAUUUUCUACAAGAACCAGGAUCGCACGUCUUGACGUAAAUAUAUAUAAAAUGUAA